UGAACGAGUCUGCGAGCAGAACAACAAGAAGCAUUAAACUUCGCGCACCCAGACUGAAGAAAAGCAGCUUCACCUUUUAGGAAUCGUUUCCGGUGUCGAACCCACUUAUUGCGUCAGAGUAGCUGCGUCAGAGACAGGCGACUUCCGGUGCUGCUGUAAUCAUGGCGUCUUCUCGCCUAGAAAUCAACUUUAUUCGGCUUCUUUCUCGCUGUGAGUCUAUAGCUGCCGAGAAGCGGGGGGAUACGGAGUGGAGGUUAGAAAAGUAUGUGGGAGCACUUGAAGAAAUGCUGACUGCGCUGAAGAAGAGCACAAGUAAACCUGUCCCAGAGGUAAUGACAGACUACAGCCGAAAGGUGGAUUUUCUCAAAGGAUUAUUAGAGGCUGAAAAACUGACUUCUCCAACGGAGAAGGCCUUAGCCAAUCAGUUCUUGGCCCCUGGUCGCAAUCCCACCACUGCGAAUGAGAGGACCUCAGCCAGUAAAACUGUUCACCUGCAGACAAAGGCUCGUUGCACUGGAGAAAUGAGGACUGAGUUGCUUGGAACUGUAUCACCCAAUGCAGGUAGGACAGACGCAGAAAUGAGGCAAAGAAGGGGUCUGCCGCUGGACGAGAAGCAGUCGGACGCCGUGCUGGACGCCGUCCUCCAGCACCAUCACAGCCUCCAGGAGAAGCUGGCCGAGGAGAUGCUGAGCCUGGCACGCAACCUGAAGAACAACUCGCUGGCGACGCAGAACAUCAUCAAGCAGGACAACCAGACGCUCACGCAGUCCAUGAGAAUGGCAGACCUGAAUUUUGAGAAGCUGAAGACCGAGUCUGAGCGACUAGAGCAGCACACCAAGAAAUCGGUCAACUGGUUCCUCUGGCUGAUGCUGAUUGUCGUCUGUUUCACUUUCAUCAGCAUGAUUCUGUUCAUAAGAAUCUUCCCUAAACUUAGGUGAUGACCCCUGUAUCGAAUGAUCCUCUAGUACGGAUUAUCUAGAGAGGUAUUUGGGUAUGGAGAGGGAUCCUGAACAGGUGCAGUGUGGCCUUAAGCCCGACUGGAACAAAAACAACAAAGAGCCUUAAUCUUGAUCCAUUGCUGGUUAGUAAACAGCAAACGAUGUUAUUAAUUUUCUUCACCCUGUUGUUUUCCAACAAUACAGAAGCAGGAGCACCCAGAAAUCCCGGGGUCAACCUCCAGCAAAGGCUGGGAAAAGUGGUAGGACAGGGGCGUGGCUGGUGGCAGACACCCCUCAGUCAUGUGACCCUGACAUCAGCCUGAAUUGGGAGCUGGGAACUAGGCGGUGAUGAAACUACCUGGCCUCAUAGUCAGAAUGUUUCGAACGAGGGUACUAGCAUAAAGAGCGACAUAUAAUAGAGUUUUUCAGAGGCUGAAAACCUGGUCAAAUCUCUUAUAGGACGUGCAAACUUUAUUCGUGGAUAAGCUUGCCCAGUUGUGGUGGUCUAACUGCUACACCAUCUGUCAACCAUUUAAAGCUGCUGAAGGUAUUUUAUAUGGCUAAUUCCACACUAAUGCCUGACGGAGUAGUCCCAAUAGUUUUAAAUCAUUACAGGAGCUGGUUUAUCGGUCUCGUUUUUAUUUUUAUUAUUUUAUGUUGAAUGCGUCCAAACAAAUGUGAGAUUGUUGCAGUGGUAAAAGGGGCUUAAAAUGACAACUGACUGAAGAGACUGUUUUUAGACGCUAAUUUCUUUGUUUCAAGGAAAUGUCUUGCUUCUUUUGCAGGAUUUCAGGGCAUUUACAUGUCGCACAUCACAUUACCUAUCCCACCAAGGCACAGACCAUCAUGUUUAUGAAGCAGAAACUGCAGCGCUUUAUUACACAGAAUAUCAAAACCAAGCUUUUAAAUAUGGGGUGAGAUUGAAAGCACUUAUUCCCUUUUGCGUUCAGACACUUUGAGCUGCAAAUGAUUGAAUUUACAUUUGCUUUUUUGUAUUCCUAACAGUUAUGAAUCGCUCCUGUUUUGAUUACUCAACUUAUCUAUUAAUAACAAAAAAGAUCUAGCUGUGAUUUACAGGUUUGUCCACUACGGAAUUGUUCUCCCCCCUGUUUAGAGAGUAUACAGCUCUCUUUUGUUUAUUGCAGCAUAAUAUAUUGUAAAUAAUAGGACUUUAUGUAUGAAGAAGCAUAUUGUAAUUUAAAAAGUGUUACAUCAUAUUAAAUGGUUAACAUUC